AUGGUGUCAGGUCUUCCGGACAAUUGUGGUGCCUCUCCUUGUCGCGAAUUCCACUUUCGGAGAGCCAGCGGUCGCGUACGAACGCGUCGCACCUCUUCUGACUCGAUGGAAAAUAAAGAAGUCAGUGUUGAAGCCUCAGUACUGCAGUUAGGAGCUUGA